UCUGGCACUUUAAUGCAGGCCUUUUUAUGAACUACGGUUGUUUACGCUAUUAUUUAUCCAAUGACGUUGAUUUUGUGACCAGCUGAUAAUUGAGGAAGAUUUGACAUUGGCAUGACAACAUGAAUUCACCCUACACAGCUGUGCAGUAUUACCCAGAAUUCCCCUUUCACCGACUCAGGGAUCCUCCAUCACGUUUCUUCAGCAACAUGUCCCAGUCAUCGCAGACCUCUGAUCUGUGCAGCCAGGACCUGUUCAGCCAGCUGCUGGAGAUGUUGGACCAGUCUGCUGUUCACUCGGUACAGCCCAUAGAACUGAACUUCACUGAAGCUCCAACUGAGAAAUCAGCAGGAAAUACCAUUCAGAUCAGCAUGGACUGUAUCACCAUGCAUGAGCAGGAUGAGCCUCUUUCUUCGCAGUACACAAACCUGGGGCUCCUUAACAGCAUGGACCAGAAUAUCCAAAAUGGCGGCUCGACGAACACCAGCCCGUACAACAAUGACCACGCUCAGACCAAUGUGACGGCACCCUCUCCGUAUGCCCAGCCCAGCUCCACGUUUGAUGCCCUGUCGCCCUCUCCCGCCAUCCCCUCCAAUACAGACUACGCCGGGCCGCACACUUUCGACGUGUCCUUCCAGCAGUCCAGCACGGCCAAAUCUGCAACAUGGACGUACUCGACUGAUUUGAAGAAGUUAUACUGUCAGAUCGCCAAGACGUGCCCCAUUCAGAUCAAAGUGCUGACCCCCCCACCACAGGGCGCAGUCAUCCGAGCCAUGCCAGUGUACAAAAAGGCGGAGCAUGUGACUGAGGUGGUGAAGCGCUGCCCCAACCACGAACUCAGCCGCGAAUUCAAUGAUGGUCAGAUCGCUCCUCCCAGUCACCUGAUCCGUGUGGAGGGGAACAGCCACGCCCAGUAUGUGGAGGAUUCCAUCACAGGGCGACAGAGCGUGCUUGUACCCUACGAGCCCCCACAGGUGGGAACCGAAUUCACCACCAUCCUGUACAACUUCAUGUGUAACUCGAGCUGUGUGGGCGGAAUGAACCGGAGGCCCAUCCUCAUCAUCGUCACCCUGGAAACAAGAGAUGGUCAGGUCCUGGGGAGGCGAUGCUUCGAGGCCAGGAUCUGCGCCUGUCCCGGCAGAGACCGAAAAGCCGACGAGGACAGCAUCCGCAAACAGAACGUCUCGGAUGGCACAAAGAGCAGUGAGGGUACGAAGCGCCCUUUCCGUCAAGUGUCCCACGGCAUCCAGAUGUCCACCAUCAAGAAGAGAAGGUCUACAGAUGAGGAGGUGUUUUGUUUGCCCAUCAAAGGUCGUGAAAUUUAUGAGAUUUUGGUGAAAAUUAAAGAAUCUCUGGAGCUGAUGCAGUUCUUGCCGCAGCACACCAUCGAGUCAUACAGACAGCAGCAGCAGAGCCUCAUCCAGAAACAGUCUCCGAUGCCCCCUCAACCCACAUAUGGCUCUAGUUCUCCGACUCAUGGCAAAGUGAACAAACUGCCCUCGGUGUCCCAGCUCAUCAACCCCCAGCAGAGGAACAACCUGACCCCCUCUAGUAUGUCGGGCGGCCUCACUGACAUGACUCCCAUGAUGGGCACUCACAUCCCCAUGGGUGAUAUGAGCUCACUGAGCCCCACACACGCACUGCAGCCACAGCUCCCCCUGGUGCCCUCCUCGCAGCACUGCACCCCCCCUCCUCCCUACCCCAUGGACAGCAGCAUCUCCAGUUUCCUCAUUCGGCUGGGCUGCGCAGGCUGCUUGGACUACUUCACCGCACAGGGCCUAACCAACAUCUACCAGAUCGAGAACUAUAGCAUGGAGGACCUGUCGCGGCUGAAGAUCCCCGCUGAGUUCCAGCACCUCAUCUGGAAGGGCAUCAUGGAGCACAGGCAGGCCAUGGACUUCUCGCCCCCGCCCCACAUUGUGCGCACCACCAGCAAUGCGUCCAGCGUGAGCGUGGGUUCCUCGGAGGCACGUGGGGAGCGGGUUAUCGACGCUGUCCGCUUCACCCUUCGCCAAACCAUCUCCUUCCCGCCCCGAGAUGAGUGGUCCGACUUCUCCUUCGACCUGGAUUCACGGCGCAAUAAGCAGCAGCGUAUAAAAGAGGAGGGAGAGUGAGAGAAACAAUCAGCGGCUAUAUGUCAACCAAUUCUACUAUCUACAUUUUUGGAACAUUUCAUUUUUAAUACUUUUUUAUAUGUGCGGAAACUGCUGAAAAACAAGCCAAAAUGCACUUAUUUUGUUGGGGUUUAAUAUGUCAGUGCUUAGGUGCAUUUUUAGUUCAAUUUCGUCAGAGCACUUAAGAAACGCUUAGGAUUUCUAGACUGCUUGGAGUUAAUUGUUCCUGUUCAUUCCAUUUUAACGCAUGACUGGAAAACUUUACAUUAGGGUUUUUUUUUUUUAUUUCAGGGCUGAUAUUUUUGCAAAGGGCCGUAGCAAACUGUAUUCAUUGCCGAUGAUCUCUGUGUCUCAUACACUGGUUUUGUUUUGAGGUAGGAGUCAGCAUUGAUUGUAUACAUUUCAUUCAUUUACUUUAAGAAGUAUUAUUUGAGGGCAAUAUUUUCUACUGUUUUGUAUGAUUUUGAGACCAAUGUGCCAUGUUUGUUUUGAAGUAUGUCUGGUCAUUCAUUUGAUGUAGCCACUUAUAUAGGCCUAAUGCUUUUGAUCCAGUGUUUUUGUAUAUUAUGAUGACUGAUGCUUUCAAGGCUUUAAAUACAGUGGAUGCCUAGCACAAGUAUUGUUUAUUAUGGUAGAGGUGCAUUUCAUUUGAUACCAAUUCAUUUUACUUUGUGUAUAUAGAUUUGUAUAGAUGCCCAUUAUGUUGGUGCAAGUAUAUGUGAAUACAACCUGGUUCUUUCUCCAUCAAUGGAGGAUCAAUGUUUGUUAUUGAACUAAAAUAAUGCAUGCAUGUUAUCACAGAGCCCAGUUCAAAUUUGUUCAGGCGGCAGACAGUGGCCUGCAUUUUCUUAUUUUUGUACAAAUUUUGUAAAUAUCAAGGGUAUUUUGAUAUAAAUUGAAUAAUAAAUAUCCAUACUGCUGUAUCAC